AUGGAUUUCCAAAAACUGAGCUUUACCAUUGCUGUUCUAUGCAUUGCUUUGUUAGCCCAAAUCGCAGCUGGGGCUGAACCUCUCUACCAUACUUGCACCACCUAUAAAAACUUUACAGCCAACAGUGACUAUGACAGGAACUUGAACAUUCUUUUAAACGAUCUUUACUAUAAUACUCCUGCAUCAGGAUACAAGUACAUAUCUGUAUCGGGAAAAAAUGACUCAGUUUAUGGCUCAGCUCUCUGUAGAGGAGAUAUCUCAAAGGCCGACUGUCAAAUCUGUGUUUUUGAGGCAGCAAAAGUGAUUCGCCAAAUCUGUCCAUACAAUAUAGCAGCAAACAUUUGGUACGACUAUUGUUCACUGGAAUACUCAAACUUCAACGAUUUUGGAUACCCUUUAAGUACAGGGUAUUUCAUAAGGAGUGAAUUUCGUGUAAGCAGCCCUCUAUCAUCACUGGCUCAAAUUCAGAAGUUUUUGUACGGAUUGUCUGAUGAGGCUUCUGCAUCAAAGAAUUUGUUUGCUAAAGGGAUUACUGAGAUUGAAGGACAUUUACUACUGUACGUCUAUGGAUUGGUUCAGUGCCCCUUGGAUUUGACUCCUGCCAAUUGUAGCACUUGCAUUAAGGGAAGGAUUGAUGAUCUUUCCGAUCUCUUUGAUGGGAAAGGAGCUCAAUUUCUUAGUGCAACUUGCAACGUUAGAUACGAGUUAUAUCCUUUCUUCAAGCCUUAA